UACGCUACCGCCAGACAGACACACAUUCUUCCAUUCAGUCAGUUGGCUUGUCUGACGCUAAAGAGCAAGCCUACUAUAACCUCUCCUCUCUCGGGAUUUGUUUGGAGAGAAAGAACGUUGUUUCUGUACAGAAAAAGAAAACAUGUCUGUAUCUUGGUAAUUUUGAAUGCGCCUGGAGAAAGUUAGAUGUACUAUUUUCUUGCAAAAACGUGGACACAAUGUGACAAUGUUGACCAAUAGACUGGGUUAUCCAUGACGGAUUGGUAAAGAACUGGACAGUAAUCAAGGAAAAAGGGACUUAAAAAUGGGGAAACUUCAGUCCAAACAUGCGGGUAAACGCAGAGAGAACCCUGAAGGAGACAGUUUUGUUGUGAACGCUUUCCUCCGAAGAGGGAUGGAAGAAUGCGGGAGGUACUGCGACUCGGAUCACAAACUGAAGAACAUUCAGGAGUUUCCACAUAGUGAGCUGAAGGAUAGACAGUCCUUAGACCAUCACUGCCCCCUAGAGGUGGUGCUGCCUCCAGAGAAGGCUGCUGAGGGCUGUAACAGUUACCUGCAGUACCCCCAUUCAGACCCAGACCCAGACAGGCUGCUACUGAGAGGAGGGGAUGCAGGCAAAGCCUCUGGGAAGAAACGCAUCAGCCUGGAUGACCUAGAGUGUGACAUAUCAGUGGAGGAAGAUAAUCGUCAGGAAUGGAUCUUCACCCUUUACGACUUUGACAACAGCGGCAAAGUUACUAAAGAGGACAUGUCCAGUCUGAUGCACACCAUCUAUGAUGUGGUGGACGCCUCGGUCAAUCACUCGUCCUACCACAGUGAGAGGAAGACCCUACGGGUCAAACUGACCGUCACACCAGAGCCCAGCGCUCGCAGAAGAGACCACAUCUCCACUGGACCAGACCGGGAGUCCAGUCGCCUUCACCAGGAGGAAGGCCGAUCAGCAGACAGACGGCUUUCUCCUCACAUCAGGCCAGCCCACCCAGGUCAGAGCAGUGAGCCACCCUCCCCAGAGGGACAGCAUUACUGUGUGGAUGAGAACACUGAGAGGAGGAAUCACUAUCUGGACCUAGCCGGUAUAGAGAACUACACCUCCAGGUUUGAAGGAUCCACCCCUCCCCCGCCCCCCCAGGAGACUCAUGUGCGGACCUCCCAGUCCCAGAACCGCUCCCGUUCCCAGGAGCCCGAGGCCCACGCCGCACAUUCCUACCAGCGCCGCUCGCAGGUCAUCGGUGAGAACUACACCCCUCUAGAAGCCCGGGGUCGGAGCGCGGCGCACUUCCUCAAGUCCCCCAAAGGAACAUCUAAAGGAGCCGGCGGCGGAGGGACCAACGGGGGAAUUGAAAGGGGCAAGGCCAGUAAAUGCCACGGCGGGGGGUACUACCCUCCUCACCCUCCUCAUCUCCAGACCGUGCUGCAUACAGGGAACUCCUCAUCUGGGGGUCACGGAGGACAGGAUGUGUACCACCUCCCCCAUCUCCCCCACCAGCCCCUGCCCUCCUCCAGCCACCACCAGCACCCUCUGCAGCACAGCCACAGCAAACGGCUCCGGGCCAAAGCCAGGGAGGGUCAGGGCCUGUCCCCGUCCAAAACGCCCCUGUCCCCUCACUCCCAUCCCCAGCAUCAGCAGCAGGCUCCCCCGCCUCCUCCUUCCCUUGAGAGGGAGAGGGAUCAGGGGUCUUGCCCGCCCGGCAGCCCUGGGUCCUUUGUGUUGCCUCUGGUGCAGCGUCACGAGCACCACCACCACCACGAACACCACCACCACCACCACUACCACCAUCACCACCAGACAUGACCCAAUAGGGCCGCAGUCUCGGUCAGAGUCACAGUAACAGUCAAAGGACCGACUGACCACACCCGUCUGUCUGAAAAAGGACUCAACCUCCUCACCCAAUGGGAAUGUUUCCACUUCUGUCCUGAGGCUGCCCAGUCUGAGAUGGCACCCUAUUCCCUAUAUAGUGCACUACUUUUGACCAGAGCCCUAUUGGUUAGCCCUGACGCUAACCCUGUAGACCUUGGCCAAAUGUAGUGCACUAUAUAACACAGUGCCAUUCAGACAGCCCAGGAUCUGAACCCUCCUCCAUUUUGUGCCAGGCAGGCUGCCAGAGCCAGACAGUUUCCCUGAGAUGUCCUGGGAUCAGACACACCGAUGGAAACUGGAGUGUGGCUGACCUGACUGCUGUAGGUAUUGGAUUGUAGAGGGUUGCUGAAGACAUGCUGGUGCAGUUUUGUAAGACGUUUUCUAUGGCACAGUUCUGAAUCUGAAUUAAAUGAGUUUAAACGUCCUGCUGGACUAAGCUACUCCUCUCUACACAUGGACCAAGCUACUCUACACAUGGAUGUUCACAAAGGGAUACCAGAAACAGUACAGCUCUAUGUGGACAGAGGUCAGAGGUUGUCAAAAGUGACAUCAUUUCCUCCUUGGUGUUCACCCAUAGAUUUGCUUGUUCCCAGAAGCUAAGUAUUGUCUCGUUCAUCCCAAAUGGUACCCUAUUGCCUUUAUAGUGCACUACCUUUGACCAGGGCCCAUAGGGCUCUAGUUUAAAGUAG